AUGCCUCUCUUCAGUCGCGCAAAGAAGCAGCGUGGUGAUUCGGACAAUGGCCAGGACCAGAAUGGACAGCCCAAGAAGGAGAAAGGAGGCUGGAGGAGACCAGCAAAUACUGCGUUCAAACAACAGCGUCUCAAGGCCUGGCAGCCCAUCUUGACGCCAAAAACAGUUCUUCCAACCCUAUUCAUCAUUGGAAUCAUAUUUGCGCCGAUAGGCGGCUUACUGGUGUGGGGCAGCAGUCUUGUGUCGGAAAUGACAUUCGACUAUACCGAUUGCUGGAAUCUAACAUCCGCAACGUCACCCACCAACCUAACUUUCACGAAUAUGCCUUCUUAUUCAUAUAGUCUACGAUCAGCAGAUUCAGAUAAAACAAUCCAACCUCCCACAUACGCUUACUACAAUAACCCCGCAGCACCCGAGGAUCAGAAGCAUUCAUGCUACAUUCAAUUCGACGUCGUAUCUGACCUCGCUGCCCCGGUGUUCCAGUAUUACAAGCUCACUAAUUUCUACCAGAACAACCGUCGAUACGUCCAGAGUUUAGAUACCUCUCAAUUGCAGGGUGACUACGUCGACCCGAGUUCUCUCAGUGGUGGCAAUUGCAAGCCUCUUGCUGUCGAUGCGAACAACAGGGCUUAUUACCCCUGCGGUUUAAUCGCUAACUCUGUUUUCAAUGACACCUUCUCUGGCUUUGCGCCUACAAGUGAUCUGUCGGGCAACUCCAACUAUAAUUUCACCUCAUCUGGCAUCGCCUGGCCCGGCGAGGCUAAGAAAUACAGCGCCACGUCGGGUUACACUAAUAACCUCGAUCAGGUUGUGCCUCCUCCGAACUGGGUGCUACGCUAUCCAAACUACACCGACGCUAGUAUGAUACCAAACCUGCAAGAGGACGAGCACUUCCAGAACUGGAUGCGAACGGCAGGUUUGCCGACAUUUACUAAGCUCUAUGGGCGCAACGAUACUGGCACCCUGCCUGCGGGCGAAUAUCAAGUCCUUGUCUACAUGAGUACGCUCAUUGUCACUGCGACAGCUUCUCCUCUGACUGUUCAGGGCUACAAGGGAACGAAAUCACUUGUCAUUUCUACGGUUUCUUGGAUAGGUGGCAAGAACCCAUUCCUCGGUUGGGCUUAUGUUGCAGCAUCAGGUGUCUUUGUCUUCCUUGCAUUAGCGGGAACUGUCCGACACCUUCUCAAGCCGAGACGUCUGGGGGAUAUGUCAUUGUUGUCUUGGAACCGAUAA